AUGACUUGGCUUUAUCAGCGCAAUCCCAAAGAGCACAGUCAAAGCAAUGGCUACCAAGAGGUGGAAGUGGACCGGUCAAGAGCAAAGGUAUUAGCAACAGUGUUUGGGGAUGCCGAAGGCAUUUGGGGGCUAGCUGGAGACACAAACUUGCCUGAUUCCAGAGAUGCCUGGAUAGGGGAUGGGUGGGGCCGUUCUGCAGUGAGGAACAGUCACUUGUAUCUGGCCGGGUCCACCUGGAAGAGCUCAGCCUACAGCCGCAGAGCCUCCCCAGGCAGUUGCUGCUAUUCUCCAUCUAGCAUGUCCAGCUUGGGGACCUGCUUCUCCACUUCCUACCAGGAUUUGGCCAAGCACAUUGUGGACACUUCUAUGGCUGAUGUAAUGGCUGCUUGUUCAGAUAAUCUGCACAACCUCUUCAGCUGCCAGGCAGCAGCUGGCUGGAACUAUCAGGGUGAGGAGCAAGAGGUGCAGUUUUACUACAAGCUGUUUUCUUCUACUCGGCAUGGCUUCCUGGGGGCAGGUGUGGUGUCCCAGCCAUUGUCUCAUGUGUGGGCAGCUGUGAGUGACCCUACCCUGUGGCCUCUGUAUCACAAGCCCAUCCAGACUGCGAGGCUGCAUCAGCGGGUGACCAACAGUAUCAACUUGGUAUACUUGGUGUGCAAUACUACCCUGUGUGCAUUGAAGCAGCCACGGGAUUUCUGCUGUGUCUGCGUGGAGGCCAAAGAGGGGCACCUAUCUAUCAUGGCAGCUCAGUCUGUGUACGACACAUCCAUGCCAAGACCCAGCAGAAAAAUGGUCCGAGGGGAGAUCCUGCCCAGUGCCUGGAUCCUGCAGCCUGUCACCAUGGAAGGGAAGGAAAUCACCAGAGUCAUCUACUUGGUUCAGGUAGAACUUGGUGCUCCAGGCUUCCCCCCUCAGCUCUUGAGCUCCUUUAUCAAGCAGCAGCCACUGGUUAUAGCCAGACUGGCUUCCUUCCUUGGUAGUUAGCAUCUUGCUGUCAAGAUGGUGUUGCUGAGAUGCAGGCCUGUGAUGCUCCAGAGACACUGUGGCAGUUCCUCGUUACUUUCUCUUCAGUGCAAGAAGAGCUGAGGCUACCUACUGGCUGACUGGGCAGACAGCAUUGGCCCAGAGUUCCCAGCAAGCCCAGUCAGUACUUGGUCAUAGCUGGUACCACUACAGAGCGAGCCACCUGAGCUCCUGGCCCUGGCUACCCCAAGUGAAUGAAGCUCAACUCAGCUUUUGGAUUUCUCACUUUUAUUUCCCUUCUCUGGGACUUUAUGGCAGACAAGCCACUCAAAGACCAGGAUUGGGCACAGCCAGCAGAGCUGCAGGACUGCAAUGCCGUGACAAGGUGCUUUCUUAGUUUGGCCCAACCCUCAGGCUGGGAGGGAAGCAAGCAGCUAUUGGCCAAGACUCUGCUCUGAAUCUGCCUCCAGCAUUCAGCUCCACUGUGUGACGGAGUGUUAGAAAAUACCAAAACAGAAAAAAGGUUUAAAAUAACAUCUGCACAAACCAGAAUACCAAUUUAGAAUCUUUUCUCCCUCCUGAAUUUUUGUAAAAUAGUCAUUCAUUUUUGCAUAUUUCCCCUCUCAGGAGAGGACAUUUGACAUCAGAGUCAGGAGUGUUGAGCAAUGCUCUGUUAUGGAGCUGUCACUCUAGAGCUCAGUAAAAUGGGAGAUCACUGGAGAAGCAGGUUGGACAGAUUUGGCAUCAGGGUCAGGGAGCUAGAUCUUUGAGUACUGUGGGGGGGCGGGGAGGCAGCCAGAUGCCAGCUGUUGACAAGGCAAGAGGAAUUUUAGAGAUUAGAAAUAGUCGUUUGAAGAUGGGAGAGAAGAUAGAUGAUCUCCGCAGACGUAAGUGAUUUGUUAGAAGGAAACUCAAUUCCAUACCUCACCUCAUUCAGAGGCAUGGUCUCCAGCAUUUCCAUGCUGCUGCUCUGGCCCCACCUAUUCUAGGAUGGGAUGGAGAGUAGGUUCAGUUUUCUUUUAUCUUAGCCUGGCUGAACUUGGGAUCUGAAUAUUCUGUAUGUUUAUCUGAAAGUGGUAGGGGUGGGAGAGUUCCAUCUUUAGUUUUGGUGCCCAAAAUCUUUGGUGGUAGGGUAACUAUAUGGGAAUUGAAAUGAUGUAUGGUAAAAAGGGUAA